GUUUUUAGCAGUUGCAGGAGAAGCUUCAGCUUCGUACAAUCACCAUGGGUGCGAAGGGCAAAGUCAAGAAGCUGAAAAAUGAAAUUGCUAGUGAAGAGUUGGGUGAAGACAAUUUAACUACUCCGUUGUCCAAGUCAAAGGGAAAUGCGACACAGCACAUUCACCAAUUGCAGAGACUUCAAGAAAAGGACCCAGAGUUCUAUCAAUUCUUGAAAGAGCAUGACAAGGAGCUUUUGGAAUUCGAUGAUGAAGAUAUUGAUGAGAAUGUUGAAACUGACAUGGGUGAUGAAGAGACGCAAGAGGAUAAGGAUGAAGAAACUGAUACACAUGAUGUGAAAUUCCUAGCCAAGACUGCAAAAAAGGAAGAGAAAUCUUCUAAAAAUGUUAUAACUAGUGCGAUGGUUGAUUCAUGGUGCAAUUCAAUUCAAGAAAAUGGAAAAGUAGGUGCAAUUCGAUCUCUUUUGAAAGCUUUUCGCAUUGCCUGCCAUUAUGGUGAUGAUGAUGAUGAGAAUGACUCUUCAACGAAGUUUAGUGUCAUGUCUAGCAGUGUCUUCAAUAAAGUAAUGUUAUCCGUUUUAAACGAAAUGGAUGGAAUUCUUCGAGGAUUGUUGAAACUGCCACCUUCUGGAGGAAAGAAGGAGAUGAUAGUAGAUCUGAUGAACACAAAACAGUGGAAGAAAUACAACCACUUGGUGAAAUCAUAUUUCGGAAAUUCUUUACAUGUUUUAAACCAAAUGACUGACACAGAGAUGAUAUCAUUUACAUUGCGGCGUCUAAGAUAUUCAACUAUAUUUUUGGCUGCUUUUCCUAGCUUCUUAAGGAAGUAUAUUAAGGUUGCUUUUCAUUUCUGGGGUACAGGGGGAGGUGCACUCCCAGUUGUCUCCUUUUUAUUUAUAAGAGACUUGUGCGUUCGGCUUGGUUCUGAUUGCAUAGAUGAGUGCUUCAAAGGGAUGUACAAAACCUACGUCAUGAGCUGCAAAUCUGUGAAUGCAACAAAAUUACAGCACAUUCAGUUUCUUGGGAAUUGUGUCACUGAACUCAUUGGGGUGGACCUUCCAGCAGCAUAUCAGCAUGCCUUUGUUUUCAUACGACAAUUGGCAAUGAUUUUACAGGAAGCACUUACUAUGAAAACUAAGGAAGCAUUCAGAAAGGUUUAUGAAUGGAAGUAUAUGAAUUGCCUUGAGCUUUGGACUGGAGCCAUCUGUUCAUAUAGUUCAGAAGCUGAUUUUAUACCUCUUGCUUACCCAUUGACUCAAAUAAUUUCUGGGGUAGCUCGUUUAGUACCUACUGCUGAAUACUUGCCCCUCAGAUUGCGUUGUGCUAGGAUGCUCAAUCGAAUUGCUGCUUCCACCAGUACAUUUAUACCUGUUUCUAUGCUCCUUUUAGACAUGCUGGAGAUGAAAGAACUGAAUAGACCCCUUACUGGACGUCUUGACAAAGCUGUUGAUUUGCGUACCGUACUGAAGGUAAGGAAAGCAACCUUAAAGACACGCGAGUUUCAAGAGCCAUGUGUUUUUUCUGUGGUUGAGGAGCUCACAGAACAUUUAGCUCAAUGGAGCUAUUCUGUUGCUUUCUUCGAGUUGUCUUUUAUUCCUCUUGUGCGGCUUCGUAAUUUCUGCAAAUCGACAAAAAUUGAGAGGUUCCGUCGAGAAAUGAGGCAGCUAAUUCGUCAGAUUGAGGCCAAUUCUGAGUUUACAAAUAAAAAGCGCUUGUCAGUUUCAUUUCUACCAAAUGAUCCUGCAGCUACAUCUUUUCUUGAGGAUGAGAAGAAGUCAGGGACUAGCCCUCUGUCGCAAUAUGCUGCAACUUUGCGUCAAAGAGCACAACAAAGAAAUAUCUCAUUGAGGGAAUCCAGUGUAAUUGUGGGUGAACACUCGUCUGUCUUUGGGAAUAAGAUACCAGAAAACGAUGAUGAUGAUACUAGGGAUGAGGAAGGUGCUGCUGUCUUUAGUUCCUCUUGGUUACCAGGAAGUGAUUCCAAGACCAAACAUCCUAGAGACAAGAAAGAGAAGAAAAAGAAGAAGAUACCAAAGGAACUACCGAAAGAUACAGCUUUCGAUGAAGAUGUUGUGGAGGACUUGAUCCUUAGUUCAGAUGAAGAUGGUUCUGCGAGUGACACCUCCUCAGCAGGGGAAGAUGUCAAAGCAGAGCCAGUGCCACAAAAACUGAAGAGCAAGAAGCGGAAACCGUCUGCAAAGUUGCCUAAAAAGGAAACACAAUUUCAUACAAAGAAGUCAAAGAAGAGGAAGAGAGCAAAUUGAUAAGCAGCCUGAGUUUGGUAUUUAUGAACUACAAAGAGAAGGAAGGAAAGAAGAUAAAAAUGAAUGCACAACCAUGAGCAUAUUCAUUCAUUUUCUUCAGUCAUUAUGGAGACAUUACAGUUCCUUUCAGCGAACUCAGUUUAUAUCCCAAGCGUACUUACUACUUGAUAUACGUGGGAUAUAUGUGGCACAGUUUCUCUGCAGUCCGGGCAUGCAUGCUUUUGUCCAGGUUUCUUAAAUAUAAUCUCUGUUACCUUUCUUUUGUGUUUACUUGAUUAAGGGAUAAUUUAAGGCCAUGAAAUGAGAAUGACAUUCAUUAGGAAUUAUUUGGAAGCAAUGAUUGAUUGAUUGCGUCACUUUUUUGUUUAUGAUUGAUUGGUUGCAGCAAAUGAUAUUGAUAUUGUGUGUGUUUUGAGUGAAACAAAUAUCACAGUUGCAUAAGUGU